UUGUUGACCUUCACCUCUGCUUCUAACUAAGUGAUUUAUUUGCGCGCCUUUCCGAACUGUUUUAUUUAUUUGCCCUGCGUCUUGAUUUUGAUUUUUCUCUGUUGCUAAGAAUAAUCGAGUCCCACUCAUUUCGAGUUGCUUGAUCAGUUUAUUUUUCUCCACGGUGACGCUUUCUGGCUGCUGCCUGCCUGGGGGUUUGGGCGGAUUGGUUUUAUGUGAUGAGAUUUAUGUAACGGAAUAUGAUUUUGAUUUGUUGCCAAUGCUUAAUGCUAGUUCAGUUUUAAUUUGUGUGUGCGUGAGCAUUGACCUUAGUAGAUACUGAGAGAUUUAGAACAUGGUAAAAUUAUACAUGUAUGUGGAAUGUAUUGGUGUUAGCCUGUUUUAGCUCAUAUUGGAUUCCAUGUUUAUAUCAUCUGAGAAGAAGAGUGCUUGGAUUCUUCUAAGGAUGGAUAUUUUCUAGCAAUUUUAGGGUUCGGUUGGUUUGUGUUUUGGAUCUGAAUAUUUUGAAAGAAUAAUAUGUUUUGGACUCUUUGGAUGCAAUGUUUUGUGUGAAAAGUGGUUUGUGAAUGUGAUUUUAUUAUGGGCAAAAUGUUAUUUUACUGAAGGAAUAGAGUGAAAACAAGGUUGAAAACAUAUCCUUAAUUUUCAGUUGUUCUCUACUUCUUUGAUUGCAAUUCUGCUUGGUUAAGGGAAUGGAUUGUUUUAUGUGGGAAGCUUAUUGACAAUUUUCUAUCAUAUGAUGAGUUUACAUUGCGUGAAAAGAAUGUGUGAUUAGCUUGGUUAAGAUACUUUAUGAUCCCUAUCCAGCAAUAUGGUCAAAGGAUAUAAAUUAGGCAAUGAUAAGUGAAGUUUGAUUCCAGAUGCAUAAUAUUACUGAUAAUCAUAAGAGCUUGCUGACAUAAACAUCGAUAGACAGAGAUGAGAACUUCUGUAGAUAAAGUUAAUGUAAAAUUAUAGCCACUUAAAACUGGAAAGAUGUAUUGAUUUAAUUCUACCUAUUGUCUUCAAUUUGGCUUUUACACACAGGGUCAUUUUAUACUUGUUUGAAAUGGUUAGUCUUGCCUUCAGAGUCUGCAUUUUGAUCUAACUAUUUGAAGCUUUUCUCAUGAAUUAGUGAAGUUAGGCCCUGAAAUAAUUGCUGAAUAAAAGUGGUUUUUGAGCUGUCUAGUGAUUCACAUCUCCAAUGGUUCAAGUUUACGAAUAUUAUCGCAUCGAUAUGGUUUCCACUCUUCUGUACAAUGUAUCAAGAAACCUCAUAGCAAGGGCUUGUCUUCAAUUUCAUACCUUGCAAUUGCUUUGAUUAGAUGCUGUAAUAUCCCAAGCUUCAUCUUUCUGUCAAUUUACUUCCACUUUAGAAAGUUUUUAUCAUCAAUCGAUUGCUGUAAUAUCCCUCUAUUGUAACAUAAUUUUGGCUGCUGGAGAGAGUAGUUUUGAUGUGUUUUCUCAUCAUAACGCUAUACAGAUUAUUAGGAAGAGUUGCAUUGGUCACCGGAGGCGCGAGCGGCAUCGGAGAGAGCAUUGUACGCCUGUUCCACCGGCACGGUGCAAAAGUCUGCAUCGCUGAUAUUCAAGACGACCUCGGCGAGCAGCUCUGCAAAAGCCUCGGCGGCGACCCGAACAUUUCCUUCUGCCACUGCAACGUGACGAUCGAAGACGAUGUAAAGCACGCAGUCGAAUUCACCGCGGAUAAAUUCGGCACCCUCGACAUAAUGGUGAACAACGCCGGGAUUUCCGGGCCUCCCGCCUCCGACAUCCGCGACGCCCAGCUCUCCGAUUUUGAUCUCACCUUCGACAUCAACGUCAGAGGCGUUUUCGUCGGGAUGAAGCACGCAGCUCGGGUGAUGAUCCCGAAGAAGUCGGGCGCCAUCGUAUCCCUCUGCAGCGUCUCGAGCGCCGUCGGGGGCCUGGGCCCCCAUGCAUACACGGCGUCGAAGCACGCCGUGCUGGGGCUCACGAAGAGCGUUGCGGCGGAGCUGGGGAAGCACGGGAUACGUGUGAACUGCGUGUCGCCGUACGCCGUUGCGACGAACUUGGCUCUCGCGCACUUGCACGAGGACGAGAGGACCGAAGACUCAUGGACAGGGUUCCGGAACUUUGUCAGGAGCAAUGCUAACUUGCAGGGCGUCGACCUGACGGUGGACGAUGUGGCGAAUGCGGUGGUGUUCCUGUCGAGCGACGAGGCGAGGUACAUCAGCGGGGCGAACCUUAUGGUCGACGGCGGGUUUACGGCGGCGAACCACAGUCUCCGGGUAUUUCGUUGAUGCUCAUUAUAAUCUUCUUUCUGGGUUUGUUGUCUGCAGAGUGACUAAAACACAAGAUUGAGUUCAUAAUUGAUGAAGUUAUGUGACUUAAAAUUUGUGGUGAUGUAGAACAUAGGCAACAAUUGCUUGAAUUUGCAAUGGCUAAUGUGUGAAAUGUUGUGUUUGUGGGGAUUUUAUUUUUCUUUUUUUUUAUACAGUUGGACUUGUUA